AUGGUGGGCAAUGGAAGGUUGGAAACCAAAUGUGAAAUUUACAUUCAAAAUAUCAGGAAAGAAGAUGUUAGAAUAACGCUAUGGGGAGACACUGCACGAGCGUUUGAUUUCCAAGCUUUGGAAGAGUUGGCACCACCAAUAAUCACUGUUUUCACAAGUCUUAAAGUCAAACAAUUCCAAGAUGCUAUUAAAAUGGUCCCUCCUUCUUCGAUUCAACCGAUCAAGCCUGAGGAAUUAGAAAAUGCUAAAAAGCUAUCUGUACAAGAGUUGAAUGUUCUUGAUCCGGAUUUAUGCAAGGAUGCUUUUAUUUUAUGUAGAGCAGCCAUUACGCGUUUUAAUACGCGUAGUGGAUGGUGGUAUAAGGCAUGCCCAUCCUGCUUCAAACAACUUAGAUCCAUUGCCCACAAUGAUGAACUUCUGUGUCCUAAACACAAUAAUCAAAUUCCUCUCCCUUGGUUUAAAGUUGGUUUGGUUCUUGAGGAUUCAACUGAUGAAACAAAUGCUAUGAUCAUUGGAAAAGCAGCAGAGCAAUUGUUUGGAAUUUCUUGCAAUGAAUUGGUUAUUCAACAAGGUUAUACUGACCAGCAAGAGUUUCCACAUGCAAUUCUACAGACAAGAGGCCAAUUUAAAAUUUUCAACUUCGGAUCAGAAGCCAACUUUGUUGAACAUCAGAAAAAAAAUAUUGCUGCCCAAAUGCUUCCGCCCACUCCCCCACUUCUUUCAAAGAAAACACCGCCUGUAUCUCUCGCUGUCUCAUCCAAUCCUUCUUCAGUGGAGCCCAUUUCAAAUUCGAAAAAGAAACGUAAACUUCAAGUGAAAAGAGCUCUUCUCACCUCUUUAACAAGUAAAAAACUGAAAAGCUGA